UAUUAUAUGUGAUGGAUAUUCCGACAAUGAUAUUUUCAACAUGGACGAAACAGGUCUGUUUUAUAGAGACAGCACGAAGAACACAUUAAAAGUAAAAGGAGAAGAGUGUGCUGGGGGGAAGCGCAGUAAGGAGAGGAUAACAGUGGCUCUGUGUUCAAGUUUGAAAGGAGAAAAACUACCAGCUCUUGUUAUCGGAAAAGCCAAGCAGCCGAGAUGUUUCAAUAAAAUCAAACCGGAGACACUACCCGUCAUAUAUCGCAACAACCGGAAGGCUUGGAUGAACUCCUCACUCUUCGACGGAUGGCUCAAUCAAGUCAACAGAAAAAUGAAACGCCAAAACCGGAACAUUCUUCUAUUUCUGGACAAUGCCCCCUCACAUCCGAAGAUCCAGCCCAGCAACGUGAAGCUUGUUUUUUUCCCGGCAAACACCACGUCCAAGUGCCAACCGAUGGACCAAGGGAUUAUACAAACGUUGAAGCUCAAGUACAGGAAGCGACAGUUAAAACAUGUUAUUCGUGCCAUGGACAAGGACAAAACAAAAUGUGGUACACAGCUUUUGAAGGACAUAACUUUACUUCAGGCCAUUUAUUGGAUUGACAGUGCGUGGAAGGAAGUCGAUGUGACAACCAUCACAAAGUGUUUUAUAAAAUGUGGGUUUUCAGAAUCUCAACAACGCAUACAUGACGAUGAUGAUAAUGAUGACGACAAUGAUGAUGAUGUUCCUCUGUCAGUGCUUGCUUUGUCUAGGGACUUGUUCGACUGUGACUUUAAAGAUUUGGUUGCGAUUGACCAAUCGAUGGCCACCUGUGACCUAGCUCUCACCGACUGGAACAAGGAUGCCAAAGACAUACUGCAGGAUAUAACUGUAGAUGAUCCAGCACUCAGUGAUGAUGAUGGUGAUGAUGAGCAAGGAGAUGAUGAAGAUAAACCCUGCUCAAUUUGUGAGGGCGAGUUCUAUAUCAAGCGAUUGCGAGCACUAGCCAUUUCUCAGGGAAAAUCCAAAAUGUUAAAUCAUGUCAUGGGAGUUGAUGAGUGUCUACUUGAAAUGAGAAUGGAUAAUGUAGAAGGACUAGUACAGCAGUCUAAGAUAUCCGACUUCUUUCUUCAGAAGUAAUCAUCUUUCCUUGAUUGUAUAAACUGUCCUCCUGUACAUCCUCCUGUACACACUAGAUGAUAUAUUUUUUAGUACAUGUAUUUUGUUUUAAUGUUACAUUUUCAUGAAAUGUUACAACAAGUAAUUUUUAUGUUUUAUAAUAUGAUGCAGUAUGUAGUGUAUUUAUUGAUUAGAAUUGGUGCAAUAUUGAUACAUUGAUUGGGUAAACAAAUAGUGCUGUGAAAUUAACUGUGAUCAAUGAGUAGUGUUUUAUGUAACAUUUUACAUUAGCAUUAUCUUAAGUUUGGUAAAUGUUUUACAGAAUUGUUACUGUUUUUUAAUCAAAUGUAAUUUUUAUGUUGAGCAAUAGUAUAAAAUGGUGCUGUAUAUAUGUAUUUAUUUAAUACUGUAAUAAAAUGUGAACCUUA